AUGCAUCGGCUACGAGCGUCACGGUCCUGUCACCGUUUCCAUAUGGCAGCAGCAUCCGGUAGCAGUUGCAGAACCAACCCCAGUUGUACGAACAGCAGCAACAGCAAUAGCAGCAGCAGCAGCAGCAGGAGUAAAAGCACAGACCAAUUGACGAUGUGCUGGUUGGUGGUGGGUUGUGUGCUUUUAGCGCUCAGUGUGCCACCCUCGGUUAAUGGGCUGCCCGAGGGUGGUGGGUCUGAUGGAAACUAUCCGGUCGGAAGAUUCCCAAUCCUGAUGCCGAAGGUCGUCCCGUACAAGCCCGAACUCUACCUCUGCACACCGGUGAAGGUGGACUACACGAAGAGCUACUACAUCGUUGGCUUUGAACCGAACGCAACGAUGGCUACCUCACACCACAUGCUGCUGUACGGUUGCGGAAAACCCGGCUCAGAAUCGGCGGUAUGGAACUGCGGCGAGAUGUCCGGAGGCAGUGAGGAGAGCGGUAGUCCCUGCGGGAAGGGUGCACAGUCGCAGAUCAUCUACGCGUGGGCUCGCGAUGCUCCGAAGCUGGAGCUUCCCGAGGGCGUUGGAUUUAAGGUCGGCAAGGACUCGCCGAUUCAAUACAUUGUGCUGCAGGUUCACUACGCCCACAUCGACAAAUUCAAAGACGGAACCACGUACGACGAUUCGGGCAUUUUCAUCCACUACACGACGAAACCACUGUCGAAGCAGGCCGGUGUCAUCUUGCUCGGAACGGGCGGGUACAUACCGCCAAUGGCCACCGAGCAUAUGGAAACGCUGUGCGACAUCCAGGAGGAUAAAGUGAUUCAUCCAUUCGCGUACCGUACGCACACUCACAGCCUAGGUCGUGUGGUGUCUGGCUAUCGGAUCCGGAAGGACGAUGCCGGUGCUAACCAAUGGACGUUACUCGGCAAGCGGGACCCGUUGACGCCACAAAUGUUCUACCCCGUGGAGAGUCAAGAUCCGAUUCGAAAGAACGACCGCCUCGCAGCCCGUUGCACCAUGGAGAGUAACCGUACGCGAAUCACAAUAAUUGGUGCAACCAAUGAGGACGAAAUGUGCAAUUUCUAUUUGAUGUACUACGUGGAGAACGAUGAGCCACUGGAGAUGAAAUAUUGUUUCAGUAACGGACCGCCUCUCUUCCGUUGGAGUAAUCGUGAAACGGAGCUUAAUCACAUCCCUGAUUACGAUGCAAGUCAUUUGUAGAGUGGCUAAAUUAGCUCAACAAAAACCGACAAUGACCGCACAACAGCGGCCUUCCAUUAUGUUGGAAGUUUAGCCGAGAGUUUUCCACUUUUCUGCAAUAGGACUGCUGUUGCUGCUGCUGCUGAUGCUGCUGCUACACUGGGACCUCUUUCCAGCGCUCUCCCUUUGUCUCCCAGACGUACA